AUGGGUUUCUGCUGCAGCGGCGUUGGUGGAGGCGGUGGCGGGCUUUGCUGCGGACGCCAUUGUGGGCCCUGCUGUACUGGAUGGGUGGGCCCCACGGUGCUGCUCUGCACCUACGGGUUCUUCUCCAUGAUGAGGCCCAUAGAACCCUUCUUGACGGAGUUCCUCACAGGUUCCUACAAGAACCUCACCACAGAGCAGGUGACCAGCCAGGUGUACCCUGUGUGGACCUACUCCAGCCUGGUCCUGCUCGUCCCCGUCCUCCUGGUGACGGACGUCCUCAGGUACAAGCCGGUCAUCGUCCUCCAGGGCCUCACCUACGUCCUCGCCUUCCUGCUGGUGCUGGUGGGCUCGGGGGUCCGCUCGGCCCAGCUGGCCCUCUUCACCUACAGCGUGGCCUCGGCAGGAGACGUGGCCUACUUAUCCUACAUUUACGUGGUGGUUCCCGCCAGCCGCUACCAGCAGGUGACCAGCUACGUGAGAGGGGCGGUGCUGCUGGGCUACGCCGUGGGGGGUCUCCUGGGUCAACUGCUGGUGUCUCUAGGGGGCGUGUCCCUCUACUGCUUAGCCAUCGUGACUCUCGUCUCCGUCUCCAUCGGACUCGUAACCACCUUUUUCCUGCCCAUGCCGAAAACCAGUGUAUUUCUUAACGGGACAGAUCCCGUACGACAGAGCCAACCACAAGAGGGCGCUCACGACUGCUCCAAGAGGGCGAAGAUGGCUGCAGAGGACGUGGGAAGGAUUUUCCAACAUCUCCUCCAGGACUGUAGGAAAUGUUAUUCCUCAGCGGCUCUGCUCUUCUUCUGCAUAUGGACGGCGACAGGGAGGUGUGGCUUCUACCAGGUGUCCGGCUACGUGCAGCUGCUCUGGGUUCAGAUCCAACCGCAAAACUUCACCGCCUACAACGGAGGCGUGGACGCCAUCGGCAUGUUCUCAGGAGCUGCAGCCGCGGUCGCUGUGGGCCACGUGUCCCUGGAGUGGUCCGUGUGGGGGGAGCUGAUCCUGGGGGGCUUCACGCUCCUGAUCGCCGCCGCUGUUUUCCUGAUGGAGCUGACCGACAACAUCUGGAUCAGCUACGCGUGUUACAUCAUCUUCAAAACCGUUUACAUGCAGCUCAUCACCAUCUGCACUUUUCAGAUCGCCCGGGUCCUGAACAGGAAGCGCUACGCUCUGGUGUUUGGCGUGAACAGUUUCGUCGGCACCGUCCUGCAGAGCGUCCUCACCGCCAUCGUCAUCAACACCAAGUCUCUGCAUCUCACCAUCAACUCCCAGUUUUUCAUCUACGCCUCGUACUUUGCAGCCAUUUCCCUGGUGUUCACAGUCAGAGGUUUGUACACGGCGCUCCACGGGAGGCGUUCGGCUGAGGGCGAGCAGCCGGAGAGAGACACCGACCUGCCACAAUCAUCAAACCUGUGA